AUGGAUAUCCAGGUAGACAGAUUAGUCGAUAAGAUCUGGGGUAAAACGCAAUCUACGCCAGAUGAUUCUCGGUUGAUGAUAGCAGUGAGUGGCAUACCGGGGUCCGGAAAGACAGCACUUGCCAGCAUGAUGGCAAGUCGCAUCAACCAACUCUACACAGCACAGCAUCUCAAUUCACCGCCUAUCGCGACUGCUAUCCCUAUGGAUGGGUAUCAUCUUACGCGGGCGCAACUCGCUCAAAUGCCCGACCCGGUGUAUGCUGCUGCGCGACGGGGUGCAGCUUUCACUUUUGACGGGGAGAAGUUUUUGAAAUUAGUCCAGGCUCUGCGGGAGCAGUUGACGCCGGAGACACAAAGCUUGUACGCGCCAAGCUUUGAUCAUGCAGUCAAAGAUCCUGUCGAUGAUGAUAUUGAAAUCCCCGCCACAUGCAGGGUUAUUUUCUUCGAGGGGAAUUACCUAAGUUUAAAUAAAGAGCCAUGGAAUAAGGCGGCACAACUGAUGGAUGAGCUUUGGUUUGUGGAUGUUGAAUUCGAAACAGCUCGAAAGAGGUUGGUUCGGAGGCACGUCAAGGCGGGUAUCGCGAAGGACGAAGCCGAGGCAGAUAAGCGAGCGACAGAAAAUGACCUUGUGAAUGGCCGGGAAAUCGUGGACUAUAGGUUGCCCGUUCAGGAGAUAAUUACAAGUCAUUAUGACCCUAACUGGGACCGGUGA